UUUUUCACAUGGGUACCCUGUGUAGAGAUAUUAAGUUGUUCACCAGUUGGCAUUUUGAAAGUAUCAAAUACCCUUAGUUAUCAUAAAAUGAAAAUUUUAGCAAAAUUUUGUCACUACCCUAAAAACAUAGUAAUUGUGACAAUGACUGUAGAUGCUGGUCAAAUGUCAUUCUUUCAUUUUUAUUGCACCUUACUGAUGCAUCAAGGCUAUACAGAGAGAUCAACUGGCAAGGACCUUUACAAAGUUGAGUUUUGUAGGGUUUGCCAGUUGGUUCACAUGGUGGCUAAAUUAUUUUGGUUUCAGUACCUGAGGUUGGUGAGAGCAAGACCUAGCAUUGAGAGCACCUACCAGAGGGACCUACAUGAUGCCAGUAAUUAGUGUCAUGUCAUUAGCACCAUUCCACCAUUUAUGUCAUUUAUUGCUAUCAUGCCAGGAAGAAAUCCAAAAGCCUGGUCUUUUUCACAUGUCUAAGCUGGGAAUGCAUCCAACAUGAAUCAUCACAACAUUUUUAUUGGAAUAAUGCAUGUAGGAAUUAUUGUUCGGAAUUUGUGCAGAUGGAAUCAUUCCAUCAGUAGCUUUUCAGGUAAUCCAGUGACUACAAAUAUAGGAUGCAGUACCAGUAAUUCAUUAACUUUCCUGCAUACAAUGCAGCUAUCAAAUGGAGAGAGAAGAGAAACCUGGUGUAUGCAGGCCUGACAUACUGCAAUACUCAAAAUAUCCCUGUGUAAUUAUGUGUGACUGUGAUAUAGCAGCUUUUGCAAAACCUCAAAACGAUGUCAUCAAAAGGUUCGAGCGAAGCAUGGCAGAAUCCAGAUCUCACUAUCGAGAGGGCCUCUCCGGCGUUUGACGUGGAAGAGAUGACCAAUUUUAUUGAUGGUGGACAGGACAAAACCCAAGUGAAACGGAAAAAUCUGGCUCAGUUUUCAUCCGUCGCUUCAACAGGGUCCAAAAUAUUGAACCACCCGUCCCUGCGCGACACGAAGGCUACAGCGUACAUGAGCCAUGAAGACAAGUACAACUACAACCUGGCGCGCGCUACAGCGGUGUUGGAGCUCAUCAGCGAGGAGGGCAUGGAUGUCAACGAGAUCAGCAAGGUGCUGAGCCACACCGUUGCCGGCUUCACCACCCCGGACGGCAACCCGAUCGCCGUGCACCAGGUGAUGUUCAUCCCGACCCUGAUGAACCAGGCCGACGACGAACAGAUGUUCCGCUGGCUGGGCGACGUGUACAACGGCAGGAUCAUCGGCACGUACGCCCAGACGGAGCUAAGCCACGGCACAUUCGUGCGCGGUCUGCGCACCACGGCCACCUACGACCCGGCGUCGCGUACGUUCGACCUCCACACGCCGGACGUGAGCGCAGCGAAGUGGUGGCCGGGCGGCCUGGGCACCAGCGCCAACUUCGCCGUGGUUAUGGCGCAGCUGCACACGGGUGGCCAGGCGCGCGGCAUCCACCCGUUCAUGGUGGAGCUGCGUGAUAUCGACACUCACCGGCCGCUGCCCGGCAUAACUGUGGGCGAGAUUGGCCCCAAGCUGGGACAGAACACCCUCAACAACGGGUACCUGCUGUUUGACCACGUUAAAGUGCCGCUGAACAACAUGCUGAUGAGAAACGCACGGGUGCACGAGGACGGCUCGUACACCAAGCCGCCGCACAGCAAGCUGAGCUACGGCACGAUGGUGUUCACGCGCGUGGCCAUAGCGCUGGACACGGUGGACGCGCUGCAGAUCGGCUGCACCAUCGCCGCCCGCUACAGCGUCGUCCGCCGCCAGGGCGAGCCCCUGGCAGAUGGCCGCGAGCCCCAGAUCAUCGACUACCAGACGCAGCAGCUGAAGGUGCUGCCGCAGCUGGCCAGCUGCUACGUGCUGCGUGCCGCCGCCAACCGGCUCUGGGAGUCGCACACGCACGUGACCAGCGAGGUUCGCGGUGGCGACAUGGCCCAGCUGCCGGAGCUGCACGCCACCGCCUGCUGUCUGAAGGCGCUGGUGACGCGCGACUGCAGCGCCGCCAUCGAGGCGCUGCGGCUGGCGUGCGGGGGCCACGGCUACAUGGAGUCGUCACGCUUCCCGGCGCUGUACGCGUACGCCACGGCCGGCGUUACGUACGAGGGCGAGAACACCGUGCUGCUCCUGCAGACGGCCAGGUACCUGGUGAAGCAGGUGGGCGGCGGCGCGGCGCCGACGCCGGGCAGCUCGGUGGCCUACCUUAGCCGGCCUGCCGACGACACGCCCUUCUCGGUCGGCUCGGUGGCCGCCUACGUGGCCGCCUUCAGUCGCGUGGCGCGCGGCCGCGUGGCGGAGGUGGCGGCGCGGCUGCGCGCGGAUCGGCAACGGCUCGGCGAGGCUGCCGCCUGGAAUGAAUCGCUCGUGCUGCUGGUCGAGACGGCCCUGGCCCACUGCCGCUUCUUCGUGGUGAGCACGUUCGUGGAGGUGGUGGCGGCGGAGAGCACCAGCCGGGCCAUUGAGCAGGUGCUUCAGCUCGUCUGUCGGUUGUACGUGGCCUACUUCGUCAGCAGGAGCGAGGGCGACUUCAUCACGUACGGCGGUCUGACGGCCUCGGACGUGCGCCUGAACCGCGACCGGCUGCUGGGCCUGCUGACCGAGCUGCGGCCGCACCUGGUGCCGCUGACGGACGCCUUCGACCUGCCCGACCAGCUCGUCCGCUCCACGCUCGGCGCCUGGGACGGCGACGUGUAUCGCAGGAUGUUCGACGAGGCGAGCCACAGCCCCCUGAACAGCACCGAGGUGCCGCGCGCCUUCCACCAGAGCAUCCAGCCGAUGCGCGCGCGCCUUUAGCGGGGGGAGGAGCCGCUGCCGCCCCGCACUCGUCGCGACGGCGGACGCCCGAACGCCGGUGGCGGUCGGCUCGGGCCAGCACCACCUCAGCCGUGAGACGCUGGACGGUGGGGCGGGCCGGCCUGUGGGUAGUGGUCAGAUGCUGGGUGGUGGCCAGCGUUGUAAAGUGCCUUUAUUAACGGGACAGGGCCGUGGUGUAGGUAAACGGCUACCGGAUAGCAUCGGUCGAUUAGUGUCGAUUACUGUCCACAUCGGGUUCGUGAGAGUGAAUGCGGUGGUGAUUUGUUACGCGAUAACUUGUUAAAGUUCGUAACGUGCCCAGGAGCAACAUGACUCGCUAUGUGCAAUGCUGUGCUGCCGGCGAUGUUUCCAGUGUCAGUGACAGACCAUGCGGAACCAAAACGAUAGGUUAGGCUCAAUACCUGUCGUAGAUCAGCCGAUUCUGUUCGGUUAGUGAGGUAGUGGUAGGAUCAGUCGAUCACUGGCCUUCGCGGCUUCCUGGUGUACCAAAGGACCACGUGUACCCAGCAUGCCUCAGUGGAACCGUCGUGGUGCUUGUAUACGAGCUUGACCUUUGUCACCCGUGACCUUUGGUGACCUCGAGGUGGGGGAUGGUGAGUCCGAGAGGCUCACGCGUAACUCUGAUUGCAGUUUGGUGGAUUGCGCGAAGCAUGUUAUGCUCGUGCCCGGAAUACGAUGACGGUGAUAGUGGUACCCAUGUAAGCAAUAUAUUGGUAUGAU